CUCAGAAAUUGAGUCCGACAAACAUUAUAGAACUGUUCUAAAGAUUCACUUAUUUUAAUUUGUAUUCGACACUGAGACUCUAAUCUCUUCGAACAAUAUAUUUUCGCAGUCUUAGAGAGAUGGCGAUUGGAAUAAUGGAGGUGAAGCUGGUGAGUGCUAAAAGUCUCAAAAACACUGAUUUCUUAGGUGGAAUAGAUCCAUAUGUUUUGCUUCAGUACAGAAAACAAGAGUUCAAGAGCACCGUUGCCAAAGAUGACAAUCAAUACGAACUCGUGCUCAAGAUAAUGGAUCACGACACCUUCAGUGCAGAUGAUUAUCUUGGGCAAGCAACGAUUUAUGUGAAAGACCUUAUAAAAAUAGGGGUGGAAGAAGGAAAGGCUGAAAUUCAUCCUCAAAAAUAUAGAGUUGUCUCCACCGAUCAAAUUUAUUACGGAGAGAUUCAAGUAGGAAUUACUUUCACUGCAAAGCAAAAAACUGUUGAAGAAGAAGAAGAAGAAUAUGGCGGAUGGAAGGAAAGCGACUACUAGUUUUCCUACCGGCUACAUGGAACUUUCUGCAAGCAAUAAUUUAAUUUUCAGUGAAUAAUUUAGAAGUAUGUAAUAAUCCUUUUCUGUGUCUUUGAAGUAAUUAGACUGCACGAAUAUAUUAUUUUGGCAAAAAUGUAUUUAUUGUAAAAUAGAAUGUGUUGUUAAGAGGUAAAUCUCACAAUGUCUAAAUAUCGAAAUAUAAACAA